GUCGCCGGAGCGGCAGUGACGUCACUUCCUCGGGCGGACGGGCGGAGGGGACGCGCGGCGGUCAGCCGGACGGGCGGAGCGCGCGAGCAGACCAUCUCCCCGGGAGGCGUGCUGGGGUCACCAAGGCAGCCAGGAAGCCAAACCAAGAGUCCAGAGCAGCAGAGACACCCCCCAUGGCGAUCCUCUUGGCCGUCACCCGCAUCGCUCAGCCUCUUGCCCGGCUGGCCCUGAAGGCUCCGCACUGCAAGGAUGUCGCUGCCACCGGCCUGCGCCUGCUUCCCGAGGUCCAGGCCACGGCCCCCGGCUGGAGGAGCCAGCGCUGCUAUGCCACUGAGGUGGACGAGAUCGGCCAGCGCCCCGUUCUUAUCACGGGCUGCGACUCAGGCUUCGGCUUCUCCUUGGCCAAAUUCCUCCACGGGAAAGGCUUCAUCAUCUACGCUGGGUGUCUGCUGAAGGAACAAGGCCGGGGCGGCUCGAAGGACCUGGACAACAUGAAGAGUGACCGAAUGAGGACCGUCCAGCUCAACGUCUGUGACAGUGAGGAGGUGGGGCGUGCCGUGGACUACAUCACCAGCAACCUGAAGGAUCCAGAGACUGGAGGGCUCUGGGGACUGGUCAACAACGCUGGGAUUUCCACCUUUGGGGAGGUAGAAUUCACCAGCAUGGACACCUACAAAGAAGUGGCUGAAGUGAAUCUCUGGGGCACCAUCCGGACCACCAAGGCCUUCCUGCCCCUGAUACGGAGAGCCAAAGGCCGCGUGGUCAACAUCAGCAGCAUGAUGGGCCGGAUGGCCAACCCCGCCCGCUCCCCUUACUGCAUCACCAAGUUUGGGGUGGAGGCCUUCUCCGACUGCCUGCGGUACGAGAUGCGUCCGCACGACGUGAAGGUCUGCAUCGUGGAGCCGGGCAACUUCAUCGCUGGCACCAGCCUCUACAGCCCUGAGCGCAUCCAGUCCAUCGCCGACAAGAUGUGGGACGAGCUGCCGGAGAUCGUGCGCCGCGACUAUGGGCGGAAGUACUUCGACGAGCAGAUUGCCAAGAUGGAGUCGUACUGCAGCAGCGGCUCCUCCGACACCUCGCCGGUCGUGGAGAGCAUUGGCCACGCCCUCACCUCCACCACGCCCUACACCCGCUACCACCCCAUGGACUACUACUGGUGGCUGCGCAUGCAGGUCAUGACCCACAUGCCCGCGGCCAUUUCCGACCGCCUCUCCAUCUACUGAGGGGGGAGGAGGGGCCCUGCUGGAGCCGAACCGGCGAGGGACGCUCCCGCUAAAGGUUAUGCUGCACAAUUCUCCGGCAGCCGCUCGGUUAGUUGAUUUUAAAGUCUGUAUUUUAGGCCUGUGAUUAAUUUAAACAUUGGGACGUAAUUUAACCCCUUGCAUGGUGUGUCUGGUAGGCAGGGUGACCCCGUGUCUUUCAGAGGGACCCAGACGAUUUAUUUCAAGUAUUCCCUUCUUUGCCUGGCCUGCCUUGGGAGAGUUCGGUCACCUCCUUCCCUUCGGAGCUGGCCGUCCCCUCCUUGAGAAAGGCUGCCGGCCCAGUCCUGGACAGCCUGGGGCUCACCCUUGCUGGGAGGUCGCUGGCCUUUGUUGAUCGGGGGGGGGGUGUUAAUCGCCACAGCCAGGGGCCAGUUGUCCACACCUGUCUUUGCACACUCCUUUCCAAGGCUGCCACGGACCAAGCGCUGCCGUGUCCCUCUGCUACUGGAGGAGCUGUGUCUGCGGGCUCAACCCCCCUGGGGGUUCUGCCAGGGCACGGAGUCUCUCUUGCAAGGGGGGGGGCAGCCUGGCCUUAGUCAGGGGCUGCUGAUCAGGCUCCAGGCUGAGUUCUUUGCACUAGGCUCCCGGUGCUGAUGGGUGGGAGGGAAAUCACAGGGCAGGAGGGAGGAGUCCACCUUCCACCUGCUCCAGCAGUAAGACCCACCUACAGCCCGGGAGCCACCAUGGAUCACUCCAUCUUGACCGUGACGGUCAUUUUUCUCCUGGCACUUAAACUCCUCCCCCCGGCAGGUCAGGCUGAGCAGGACGCCUGCCCCCCAAUCCUAACCCAUGGAGUCUGCGUGACUCGUGGCCGUCAAUCCCUGGCCGCGGCCCCUCCCGAGGGUGUUGUGUCGGGAAGACCUGGCCGAGAUCUGGCACCCCUCGUCUUGUCACCAGGGGUGGGGGGCCUCGUGAGGGCCCAGGCCUGUGGCUGCCAGCGAAAGAGGACAAGGGAGCAUCACCCCUAACUAGCAAGCGGGAGGGGCUGUGAUCGGAGGUCCUCUCUUUCGAUGAACAUUAAACCAUGUGACAAACCUGCCUGAA